AUGGGGGAAGACACAAAACCCGCGUUGAGCUCAGAUUCAGACAAGGCAGUAGUGGCAGGGGAUAGUCUGAGCCGAAAUGCCAUUGGUGAAUUCAACACAAGAUCGAUUCUCACCCUCGUCGGCUCCGCCUUGUCAACCUUCUGCACAGUUGGCUUCCUCAAUGUGUUUGGCGUCUUCAUCGACUACUACCGGAGACAUGAAUUGGCCCACAAGUCCGAAUUUGACAUUUCCUGGAUUGGCUCUUUCUCCACGUUUAUUUUCUUCCUCACCGCAGCGCCGGCAGGCCUUUUUGUUGAUCGUAUGGGCCCUACAAUUCUCCUCAUAACAGGAGGCACGAUAACUGUCUUUUCCAUGUUCAUGAUCUCUCUAUGCCAUGAAUAUUAUCAGUUUUUCCUGACACAAGGGCUUCUUCUAGGUAUAGGGCAAGCAUUUCUCGCCUGCCCUGUUCUUGCCAUGGUUAGCCGUCACUUUCACAAGAAUCGUGGUUUGGCGACCGGCGUUACGAUCGCAGGUUCCUCUCUGGGUGGCGUCAUAUGGCCUAUAAUGGUGGAUCAACUUCUCAACAAAGACGACAUCAGUUUCGGCUGGACAAUCCGUAUUGUUGCCUUUACAAUGCUUCCGCUUGUGGUCAUAACUUGUGUCACUGUCCUUCCCCCAGCGACACAGAAGCCCAGUGGUGGGGCAACUCUCCCAUCAGCCCGGAAAGACAACGCGAAGAAGACAGACCUGUCAAUCCUCAAGAACCGGGUUUUCCUUACCUUUUGCGGGGGAAUAGGGCUCUAUUACCUGGGAAUGUUCUCCCCUUUCUUCUUUGUAACCUCAUACGCCGUCAGCAUUGGUCUCUCCACUAGCUUCGCAUUCUAUCUCGUCUCCAUUCUCAACGCUGCCUCCCUUUUUGGGAGAAUUGGCGCUGGCUGGGCUGCUGAUAAAUACGGUCUUUUCAAUAUGUGCUCACUAGCCGCGAUGGCCUCUGCGGCGGUUGCAUAUUGUUGGACGGCCGCCCAAACAUCAGCGGGUCUGGUGGUCUGGAGCUUGGCUUAUGGGUUUUGCUCGGGUUCAAUCUUGAGUCUCCAGGUGGCUUGCGGCACGAGGCUGGCAACACCAGAAUCAUACGGUACUGCAGUCGGCAUGAUAAUGGGAAUAGUCUCGUUGACCGGCCUCUUCGGUUCUCCUAUCAGUGGCGAGCUAAUCAAGUACAGCUACCUUGCUCUUUCCAUGUAUGCAGGAACAGCAUUAGUUGCUGGUGGGCUGUUCAUUUGUUUGGCACGACUUCAACUGUCUCAGCAGCUAUUGGCUAUUGUCUGA